AGGGAGAGAAGAUAGCCUGCCUCUCGCUCAACAUGUUGCCUGGGGGUGGUGGGAGUCUGGCGUUGCUCAUCGCCACCAUUCUGGUACCGGACGUCCCAACAGGAUCAGCAUCAGUAACCUGUGGUACUGUUUCACUGUGCUGGAAUAUUGCAUCGAAUGUCACUUUCACUGGGAAACUUUAUUUAAACCACUACGAUGUCCUUAAGGCUGGUGGGAUAAGAAGAUCAGGGUCCUGGUUGCUGGAACAGAGGGAGGAACACACCCUACACUUGAUGUACCCGGCCCAGUCACUAACCUGGAGAAUCUAUACCAUGUGUCCCCCACGAUUGGAAGAAUUGUCAGAUGGAAAUGUCACAGGAACUCGUGACUUGGGAUUAGACACUGGACAAAACCUCCUGUUCCGAAGCAAAUCAAAACUGGGCUGUGAGGGAGAAGUCCUUUACCUUUCAAGGAUAAAUGUUUUGUUAUUGACUGUAGUUUCUGUAGAUGGCUUCCCUUUGAAGAUGGAUGCCACUCCCACUGUGCUGAGCUUGUCUCUGGACUUUGGGGUGUGUUUCCUGAAGGAUCACCUCUGCACCCUUCAGUUGUCUGAUGUGGAAGGCAACAAAAUGCAACAGAUGUUCGUCCAAGACUCAAAGCUUGAAAUCACCGGUUUAACACCAUGUAAAUCCUAUAUUGUUUGCCUGAACAUUAUGGACCAUGGUGUCUGUGCUAAAACAAUAACAGAUUCCUUGCCAGCAACCAACCUGGACCUAGUGAUGUCCAGUUCCAGUAGUCUCACCAUUUAUUGGGAGAAGCCAGCUCUGGGACACGUGCACUGGUUUCGGCUGGAUGUCGCCUUGCUUGGACAGGCCGGAGAGGUGGCAGCGUCACAACUUCGGUCGUACAGCUUAACGCAGAGUGGGACUGCGUUCCUCAUCCAGGGCCUGCCUGCUUGCAGGAAGGUCCACGUUUCUCUCGCAAGCAUGUGUGAAGGGGCCACAGUGACGGAGAGUGCAAGGGUGUCUUUGGUGGCCAUCACAGCCCCGGUGAAGUUUGUGAAGCUUGCCCAGACGGCGGCUGCUGCCGAUGGAUACAAGGUCUCUUGGUCAAUCUGGGGUGAUCCUUCGGAAGUCCUCUUCCAAGUCUACAGAAAUGGAAGCUUGCCACUGACCCUGCAACAAGCAGAGUUUGCCUGCACAGGACUCGAACCCUGCACCCGAGAGACAUUCACACUGGAGGCAGUGUGCAGGAAUGGAGUCGUGGCCGACAGAGGGACAAUCGCUGUGGUAACAGCUCCAGACAAGAUCACUGAGCUGAUCUACAAGCAGACCGUUGACGGGGGCUUCUUCUCCUGGCGUUCCCCACCAGCGAGCCACGGGACACUCGUCGUGGUCAACAACAUUUCGGUGGCCUUCACCAGGAGGAGUUACUACCAGGUUUCGGGUUUGUCGGCCUGUACUCGGUACCUGUACACCUUCCGAGCAAGCUGUGGACAAUGGAUGAGUGAAGGAACAUCCUGGGCUGCUGCUACAGGCUGCCCAACUGAAGCCCAGCCCUCGGACCGUAGGAGAAUUAUCACACUGCCUGAAACGUUGCACGUCAGCAUUCACUUCCCCUGGAGGUUUGAGGACUACAUGGAUGAUCCCAGUUCUCGAACUUAUCUAAAGCUGGCAAACAUCGCCAGCUCUAAGAUUGGGCAGCUGUUCCUGCAGUCGGGCACGUUCACCCGUGCAGAAGUGGAGAUGCUGUACCUGGCGGAAUCCGGCGACGCUGUGGAGAUGAACAUGGCGGCACAGAUCCAGCUCGGUAACUCGCCGGCCAACCUCCGGCAGCUUCUCUCCGACCUCCAGUACUCCAACGUGUCUGUCGAGGGCGAUGCGCUAUUCUGGAACGAUGAAGAUGAAUGUGACUCCGCUGAGAAUGACUGUCCUGAAGUAGCUGACUGUAUCAACACAUUUGAUUCAUUCACAUGUGUCUGUCACCAAGGAUACUAUGACUCUGAUCAAAGUCGAGUUUGUAGAGAUCAAGGGGUGUUCGCAAACUGCGGGAUGGAUUCAAUGAAAAUUACCGUAUCGAGAGAAUUCUUGGCGGAACAACUGUCGACGGGAUUAGAUCUGGUCUUGAACGACGGGGAGUGCGGAGUGGAAGAGGACACAGACUUCUACCUGUUUACUGUCACCAAAACCAAGGCUUACUGUGGAGCGCAGCUCCUGAUGAAUGAGACUCACCAAAUAUUCAAACAUGUGAUUGUGAAUGAGCAUCAUUCUGAAUCUCCCAUCAUCAGGGAGCCUCCCCUGACCCUCUCUGUGAUCUGCGCCUAUUCACGAAGCUCCUCCGCAAAAAUGCCUAUGGAUGUAAUCCCACAGAUUAGGAUGUUUGAACCGAUAGUGGGAUACAACGAAGACCCACUCCAGCUCGCUCUCUUUCUCUACAAAGAUGACACCUUCUCGCCAGAUGCCGUGUAUGAAAAGGCACCAACCAUCCAGCUUAACGAUGACCUGUACUUGGAGGUGGGACCGUCGGUGGCUGGGAGCGCCGGAAUGCCGUUCAUCACACAAGUGACCUCGUGUUGGGCCACCGUGUUGGCAGACUCGCUGGGAAGAAACGCCUUCUACUUCCUCCGGGAUGGCUGUCCUGUGGACGAGACCUUCAGAUGGCAUUCCGCGAACGGGAUGAACAAUAGUACUCGAUUUGCCAUCAAAAUGUUCCACUUCACGGAAAUGGAGAAGCAUCCUGUUUACCUGCAUUGUCAGACAAAAGUCUGCAACGUUGAAGCUAGGGCAGAUUGUUUGACGAAAUGUCCCAGCCCACAGAUUCUCAAAAAGCAAGAGCAGAGAAUAGAGGCAGUGCCUCCCGAGCCCGGGACUGGCAUGGUUUCCACGGGCCCCAUCGUGCUGCACGAUUCUCCGAGACAGCCGACAGAUCCGGGAGAAACGACCACACACUGGCGUGAAGUGAAAGUUCUCCUCUGGAUAUCUGGCAGCGUGACUGGAACGUCCCUGCUGAUGGUGGCUGCAGCUGUUGCAAUGAAGGUUAUGAACGAACGUGCACAGUUUAGAAUGGCCGCCAGAUUGAUUGAGGGUCACGCAAGUUCUGCUCUCUGAGAGCUCCUUAGACGUUCACUCUCUGGGAGUGAGGUGCGUUCCGAGGGUCUGCUCCAGUGAGUUUCCAAAAUAAAAGUAAAUUGUCCCGUCUUGGGUGUAUUUUCUGUCUUUUUUGAUUUUCUUUGCUUGAACUGCUUCUCCUUGGAACAGAAGAACAUGAAACUUGUAGAUGGAGCAUGGGGAGGAGAUGUUCUCAUUCUCACUGGCAGGGAAGGGGCAAGUAACGGGGAGGUGCGUGAUUGGAGUGUUACAUGGAAAAGCUCGAUGUAACAAGUGGUUUGGGUCUGGAUACAUUGCUGGGAGGAGCAGUGGUGCAGCAGUAGAGGCGCUACCUCACAGAGACCCAGGUUCAAUCCUGGCUACAGGUGCUGUCUGUGUGGAGUUUAUACGUUCUCCCUGUGACCGGGUGGAUUUCAUCUGGGUGUUCCAGUUUCCUCGUAUAUCCCAAAGACGUGCAGGUUUGUAGGUUAAUUGACCUCUGUAAAUGGCCCCUAAAGUGUAAUGGGAUAAUGCAUGUGAAUGGGUCAUCAAUGGUUGGUGUGGACUCUGUGGGUCAACGUGCCUGUUUCCAUGCUGUAUCUCCAAACUAAAAACUGAAGUAAGUUUAUGUUUAGGUUUAUUAUUGUCACGUGUACAGCGGUACAAUGAAAAGCCUCGUUUUGCAUGCAAUCCGAUCAGAUAAUACUGCACAUAAAUACAAUCAGUUCACACUCUUAUAUAAUAGGUAGAGCAAAGGGGAAGAUACAGCUGAUGUUGAUCAGCUGCCCUCAAACUAAUUCAAUUGUGUUGAAACCAUUCAAGUCAAACAAAUGUGAGUUUGCGCAGCGUACACAUACAGUAAUGGUGCUGGAGUAGAGAUGAUUGAUCUCCCGGUUGAUCAGCACUUUAACUCUCCCAGUCCCAAUCUGACCUUUCUGUCCUGGGCCUCCUCCAUUGUCAGAGUGAGACCCAGCGCAAAUAGGAGGAACAGCACUUCCUAUUUUGCUUGGGUAGCUUACACCCCAGCAGUAUGAACAUUAACUUCUAUAACUUCAAAUAGCCCUUGCUUCCCCUCUCUUUCCAUCCCCUCUCCAGUUCUCCCACCAGUCUUGCUGUCUCCGACUACAUUCUAUCCCUAUCCCGCCCACUCCCCUGGCAUCAGUCUGAAGAAGGGUCUCGACCCAAACCUUCUCUCCAGAGAUGCUGCCUGUGCUGCUGAGUUACUCCAGCAUUUUGUGUCUACCUUCGAUUGAAAGCUUCAAGUUCCAAGGAGUAAAUAUCCAGCAACUUGUCCUGGACCAGCCGUAUCAAAGCAAUGGCCAAGAAAGCA